AGGACAAGGUGGGAACGCGUGGGAGCAGGAGGCCGGGCGGGGGAAGGCGGCUGUGCCAGGGGAGGUGUGAGGUGUUUGCUCCACUGUAGCUGCUCACGGCGUGAGCAACACUCCCAGCCCAGGGCAGCUGCCCCCGCUGCUGCCAGCCUGGGCACGGUGGCGUUACAGCCACCCCCGGAGCCGCUGCUGGCACCCGAGCGCUGAGGUGCGGUGCCGAGCGAGCCUCUGCACGCCUCCACAGCGUGCGCAUACCCGCAUUUUCCGUCCUCCAUUCCAAAAAGCUGCAGGCUGCAUGUCCUAAAACAACGCAAACCUCUAGGACACUGAGGAGGUGCCCGGACAGAGCGGCUGAGGGGAAUUGGAUGGCUGAGUGAGAGCUGUCUGUUCAGAAGAGGUCGUGGCUGAGGAUUAAUAACAUGUCUAAAGAAAUGCAGGAACUACAGAAGCAGUGGCACUCCGUGGUGCAGACCAUCCACAGCAACGCCAAUGUUGUUGCUUUCAUGAAUUCUCGAGUCGGCCAAUAUUUAGAUGACCAUCCUUUUGUUGCCUUAUCACUCCUGAUGUUUAUUGCAGUGUCUGCUAUUCCUGUUGGAUUUUUCCUGGUUUUUGUUGUUACAACAGCUGUAAUGGCCUGCAUUGGUGUGAUAGUCAUGGAAGGUGUUGUCAUAGCCAUAGGUGGCAUAGCCCUUCUGUGUGUGCUGUGUGGCCUGGGAGCCCUGUCCCUGGGAGUGUCUGGAGUGCUGAGUGUUUCUUACAUUGCACUUUCAACUCUGGUCAACUACUGGUAUGCAUCAAGGGGCCAGAUAAGGAAGCAAGAUGUUAAUGGAAGUUUACCACAGAAGCAGCCUGGCUUGGAUCUUUCUGCCAAUACUGGAAAGAGUGAAUAAGUAGAUUUCACCCCACUUCAUAGGCACUUAGCUGUACAUUUCCAGCCUUUGCUAUGUAAUUGUUUACUCAUUUAGCAUUCAGCCAUUGUGUAUUCCUGGAGAGUGAGAAAAACCAAUAUACAUCUUACACUGGCACUGUAAAAGGGAUUUUAAGAAUAAACAAGCAGCAGUAGUGCAGUGCAGGAGUAAGUGUAUGUGCAUGAUGGAAUGGUCCAUAAAGUUUGGUAAAGGGAUGUAAGAGUAGUUGGUACUGUUAUGUCAAUGGUAAUUAGGUGGACAGAAAGGGGAGGGAGAUACUUGACUUCUCAGAUACUGGAGUUCUGAAUGUACUCUUUAGUACAUAGCAAUGGUAACUGAUACAGAAGUAUCAAAGUUCAGAACAGUAGAAACACAUUUUGAAUGUGGAAAAGUAUUUGUAAGCCUUAACAACCUUUGUUAGAGUAGUACAAGUGCACCAGGCCAAUGCUUUAUGUUCAUUAUACAGGGAAAUGUGGGUUUGUCAUAUGUCAUGGUUUAAGCUUUAUCUCCCUUUAGCUGUUGUAUUAUUCCAAAGGGAUAUUUUCCUUAUUCUCAUUGCCUCAUCAUAGCAGGGGUACAUUUAGGUCUUAGGUCUUGUAUUUAAAGUGCCUGGUUUGGUUCUCAGUUGUAACUUUGUGUAUGUUAUUUAAACUUUUUUCAUUUUUGCAAAUGCUAUUAUAUUUUUAAGCAUUAAGAAAGUAUCUAACUAUAUUAGCUUAAUAAAGUGUUCUUUGUUUAACCA